AUGCCAAAGGUUCAAGUUCAGGAUCUAACAUUGUAUGCGUGUCAUAGGAAUUUGAGUGAACCGCUAGAAGACGGGAGACAAACGAAUCAGAGAGCGGAGAUUAUGGCGGCAAUACGCGCGCUAGAGACAUGCGCCGACACAAAAUCACC